AUGCCAAAAUGUAGGAAGGGCAAAGGGAUUCUAGCGAAUGUCAAACCACAAGGCAAUGCGACGGGGGAUGAGGUGCUAGUAUCUUGGCUCAAGGAACCUGGCAACUACACCCGGUUCAUCAAAGCAAAUGGUCGAAACGUGAAGAAUGGUGAUGCUGUAGAAAGCAAGACGGAUGUUUGCAAGGACAUUGCUGCUCUAUACCACGAGGCAGGGUUCAUUGGAUGUAAGCCAAGUAUGGUUUUCUACAAGCUCAAUACAUGGGAAAGUAAGCAUGUCACAGCACAUUUGUUGGCUCGCGACGGAGCAAAUGAAGCAGUCAUUCGCAAGGCGUUCCCUUAUUAUUAUGAUUUGGUGGAUGUCUUUGAUGUCUCAGCUACAAGUGAUUCAUUUGCAAACCAACGUAGACAGCAAAAACAACAACAACCACCCACCUCUCAUCGUCAAAACAUCCUUUUACGCUUACCACGUGGUCGCAAGCCCAUGGUCGUAUCAUCAUCAUCAUCAUCCAUGUUUACUACCAACAACAAUAGGUCCUCUCCUGUACCACAGGCGUUACCACCAACAAUAAAGUACAAUGCUAGCGUGAGGCAACCACCCGUAUCACCGUUACCUAACAAUGCCACCAUGAGCGAAUCAUCAACAACAAUAGCCUCUGAUGAUGGCACGAUCCAACGGAUGUUGAACAUCAUUGAAGAGCAACAACAACGACACAAUGAGCAAAUCGAUCGCAUGUUUGAAAUGUAUCAGCAACAGCAAUCCACUUCGCAUCAAAUUUUGAAUACCCAGCUUAAAUUAUCGCUCAUUUCACAAUUUCGAGAGAUUGGCAUGACGAAGGAUGAGAUUGUGGAACAAUUACGAUCCGGGCAUUGA